AUGAAAAAGAAAAAGAAAAGUGUUAGGAGGAGAUUUGAAGAUAGUGAGGCGGCAUUUGUCAUUAACGAAGAGGUUGGACAACAUGAGAUAAAUGAAGAUUAUGAUACAGAGGACUUGUCCUCAAAUGUAGAUAGUGAUGGAGAACAAAAGGCACUUUCCAAGGAUUUUAAGAGUGCCCUACAGGAGCAUAGCGUUUUGAAUGGAAAAGAAGUGAAGUUUGUCAAGAAUGAUUUGAAGAGAGUAAGGGCAGUUUGUAAAAAAGGGUGUGGUUUUCUUAUUAUGACUAGCAAGGUAGGAAGUAGUCAAACCUUUAGAGUCAAAACUCUAGUUGGGCAAAAUUGUGGAAGGACUUUUGGUAACAAAAGUGCAAGUGUAGAAUGGAUUGCACAGGUUUUGGUUGACAGAUUUGUGAAUGUUGCAGGGAUGACAGUCAUUCAAAUCAUAGAUGAAAUAAAAAAAUCAUAUAGUGUUGGAAUAACUUAUUGGAAGGCUGGAAGAGCUAAGAAAAUUGCAAUGGAUUGUUUAGUGGGUGAUGGAGAACGACAAUAUGCUCGUUUGUAUGACUAUGUGGCUGAGUUAUUAAGAGUCAAGGCUGGGACCUUCAAGAUUAAGGUCAAUCAACCCCAACCCACCUUGCCACCAAGGUUUGGGUCAUUUUACAUGUGUUUGGAGGGCUGUAAGGAAGGGUUUUUAGGUAGUUGCAGGCCAUUCAUUGAGGUAGAUGGUUGUCACUUGAAGACAAGUUAUGGAGGUCAGUUGUUAGUUGCAGUAGGAAGAGACCCUAAUGACCAGUAUUUCCCACUAACUUUUGCAGUGGGAUUAAUGUCAGUUUUUGAUGAUAUCUUGAAUGGAGUGGAACACAGGUUGUGUUUAUGCCAUUUAUACAACAAUUUCAAGAAAAAAUUUGGGAGAGGCCUAGUCAUUAGAGACCUCAUGAUGGGGGCUGCGAAGGCAACAUACCAUAAGAAAUGGGAGAAAAAAAUGGGUGAGUUAAAAAAUCUGAAUGUUGAUGCCUUUAAUUGGUUAAUGGGUAUACCAACUAAAAGUUGGUGUAAGCAUGCUUUUAGUGCUUAUUCUAGGUGUGAUGUGUUGAUCAAUAACUUGUCAGAGUCAUUUAAUAGUACUAUUUUAUUGGCUAGGGACAAACCUAUAAUUACAAUGAUGGAAUGGAUUGGAUCAUACUUAAUGAGUAGGUUUGCAAGCCUUAGAGAAAAAGUUGACUCAUAUCAUGGUGAUGUUAUGCCUAAACAGAGGAAAAGAUUGGAUAGGGAGGUUGAAAAGAGUGGUAAUUGGCAUCCUGUUUGGGCAGGGGGUUCACAAUUUGAAGUAACUCAUGGCUUUACCAUGGACAAGAAGGGGAACAUGUGUAGGCAGGGGGCAUCAUCGUCAACAUCACAAGCUGGAAGGGGAUCGACCAGAGAUGCAGAGGCUGGGGCUGCAUCAACAUCAGGAGUUGGAGGAUCUGCAACUAUGCGUGAAGGGGGAACAAGAACAUCCUCAAGACUGGCUGGACAAAUUCUAGGGUCUCAAGCAAGUUGUAAUUGA